AUGGGAGCGUUUCGUUGGCUCUCAAUUGCGGCCGCUUCGUCGGUCGCUUUGGCCCUGACCCCGGAACAAUUGCUCAGUGCUCCCCGGAGAUCUGAGGCGAUUCCCAACCCCUCUGGUAAACUUGCCGUGUUCUCGACUUCCCAAUACUCCUUCGACACGCAUAAGGGUAGUUCCUCGUGGAGCUUGUUGGACCUGAAGUCUGGCGACACCAAGCCUCUCACCAACGACAGCAAUGUCUCGGAGAUUCUCUGGCUAGGUACCGAUGACUCUACCGUGCUCUACGUCAAUGGCACCAAUGCAGAGGUCCCCGGAGGCGUGGAGCUGUGGGUGUCGAAGAUUUCGGACUUUACCAAAGGUUACAAAGCCGCAUCUCUGCCUGGUCCCCUGUCAGGAUUCAAGACCGUCACCACUCACUCGGGCGACAUCAAAUUCGUCGCGUACGCUGAAUCAUACGCCAACGGUACCGUGUACAACGAGGAGCUUGCGGAGGCCGCGCUGAGCUCUGCCCGGAUCUAUGACAGCCUCUACGUGCGCCACUGGGACUACUACCUCAGCACCAGAUUCAACUCCGUGUUCUCUGGUACCCUGAAGAAGUCUGGCGGCCAGAAGUCUCAAUAUAACUUCAAGGGAGAAUUGAAGAACCUCGUGUCUCCCGUCAAGAACGCCGAGAGUCCCUACCCGCCUUUCGGAGGAUCCUCGGACUACGACAUUUCUCCCAACGGCAAGUGGGUGGCCUACAAGAGCAAGGCACCUGAUGUUCCCCGUGCCAACUACACCACGUCAUACAUCUACCUUGUCCCCCAUGACGGCUCCUCCAAGGCUGUCGCUAUCAACGGACCUGACAGUCCCGGAACCCCUAAGGGCGUUGCUGGAGACUCCAGCGGCCCUGCUUUCUCCCCCGGAAGCGACAAGAUCGCUUACUUCCAGAUGACCGACGCGACUUACGAGUCUGACCGUCGUACUCUGUAUGUCUACAGCAUUGGCUCGAAGAAGACCAUCCCUGCUGUUGCUAAGGACUGGGAUCGUUCUCCCGACACCGCCAAGUGGCUUGACAAGAAGAACCUGAUCAUUGGUAGCGAGGACGAGGGCCGUCAGCGUCUAUUUUCGAUUCCUGCCAACGCCGGCGACGACUUCAAGCCCAAGAACUUCACGAGCAAUGGCGCUGCCGGCUCGUACUAUGUCCUCCCCGAUUCCACCAUCCUCGUUACUGGCAGUGCCAUCUGGACCAACUGGAACGUGUAUCUUGCCAGCCCCAAAAAGGGUGUUUUCAAAACCUUGGUGUCUGCCAACGAGAUCGAUGCCGAACUCAAGGGACUUGGACCCGCUGAUGUCGACGAGUUCUACUACAAGGGUAACUGGACCGAUAUCCAAGCCUAUGUUGUCUACCCCACGGGCUUUGACAAGAACAAGAAGUACCCUCUCGCAUACUUGAUCCACGGUGGUCCCCAGGGCUCGUGGGCCGAUUCGUGGAGCACCCGGUGGAACCCCAAGGUGUUCGCCGACCAGGGCUACGUCGUUGUCGCACCUAACCCUACCGGCAGCACUGGCUGGGGUGAUGAGCUGACUGACGCUAUCCAGAACAACUGGGGCGGAGCUCCUUAUGAUGAUCUCGUCAAGGGCUGGGAAUACAUUCGUGACAACCUUGACUUUGUUGAUACCGACAACGGAGUUGCCGCUGGAGCCAGUUACGGAGGUUUCAUGAUCAACUGGAUCCAGGGAGGUGACCUUGGUCGCAAGUUCAAGGCCCUGGCCAGCCACGACGGUACCUUCGUGGCCGAUGCUAAGAUCUCCACCGAUGAGUUGUGGUUCAUCGAGCGCGACUUCAACGGUUCCUUCUGGGGUGCCCGUGACAACUACCGCCGCUGGGAUCCCUCCGCCGUCGAGCGGAUCCUCCAGUUCGACACCCCCCAGCUUGUCAUCCACAAUGACAAGGAUUACCGUCUCGCCGUCUCGGAGGGCCUGGCCCUGUUCAACGUCCUGCAGGAGCGUGGUGUUCCUAGCCGCUUCCUCAACUUCCCUGACGAGAAUCACUGGGUCGUCAACCAAGAAAACAGCCUCGUGUGGCACCAACAGGUGCUUGGCUGGCUGAACCGUUACUCUGGCGUCGAGAAGAAGAACCCCGAUGCCGUCAGCCUGGAUGACACUGUCAUCCCGGUCGUUGAUUACAACCCUUGA